CACCUUAAAAAAACAGUCGCGCCGAUAUGUCAAUCCAGACGCGACCCAGACAGACCUCGGCCCGGGGGCCCAGCCGUGAGAGCCGCGCCGUGAUUGGAUGAGCGCCGCCGUCCUUUUGAGACUCGGUAUCUUAUUGGUUGGAGCCGGACGAGACGCUCACGCGCACAAUGUCUACCCGCUUUUGUUAUUGUAGCGAGCGCGAGGAGAGCGGCAGGAUGCGCGGACGGAGACAGCGAGCCUGAUAGUCCGGUAUCGACUCAAAUUAGAUGUUGGAGGGGGAAGGGGACGCGGAUUUCUACCUCUCCGUCCUUGUUCAGAAGGCUGCUUUUUGCAAUUCUCUAACAAUACGACCGAUGUAGCAGCAGGAUGUCCGUGAACCCUCCCAACAGUAAUGACGCCUGCCUCAGUAUCGUGCACAGUCUCAUGUGCCACAGGCAAGGCGGCGAAAACGAAGGCUUCGCUAAGCGUGCCAUCGAGAGCCUGGUCAAGAAACUGAAGGAGAAGAAGGACGAGCUGGACUCCCUCAUCACCGCCAUCACCACCAACGGAGUCCACCCCAGCAAGUGCGUGACCAUCCAGAGGACGCUGGACGGACGCCUACAGGUUGCCGGUCGUAAAGGUUUUCCUCAUGUAAUCUACGCACGGUUGUGGCGCUGGCCCGACCUUCACAAGAAUGAGCUCAAGCAUGUGAAAUUCUGCCAGUAUGCAUUUGACCUCAAAUACGAUAAUGUCUGUGUCAACCCUUACCAUUAUGAGAGAGUGGUGUCACCAGGCAUCGUUGGUCUCAGUCUUCAAAACACGGGUCCCACUGGCAGACUGAUAAAGGAAGAGUACAGCCACGACUGCAUUCAGAUGGACAUUCCCCCAUGCCUGCCUCCCCAGCAGGACCACCAGGGGGUGAUGAAACUCCCCCCUCCGGACCACUACGGCCAGCCACUGCCUCCUCUACAGCUGCCUUCAGAACCCACCCGCGCACCCCCACCGGUCACCCUUUACUCUAAUAUGCCACUCUCCCCCACCGCUUCAGGCUCUAUGAUGCCUAUGCAGGGAGGUCAUGGUGAAGGCUUACUACAGAUUGCAUCUCCUCAGGGUCAAGUCAUGACCCCUACACCUCCCCCCUCUACCCCCACACAUGGACCCCCACAGACCCCCGUCCCACCCCAGCCUCCACCAAACCAGAAUGGCUACAACGGCUCCAAACACUCCCAGACACAAAGCUCCUUUCACACAACCUGGACAGGCAGCAGCACAGCCUCCUACACUCCUGUAGGACCCCAGCAAAAUGGGCGUGGCCACCAACCUCCUCUCCACCACCCACACUACUGGUCUCAACAUCACAGUACAGCAUCUUUCCCUCCUCCAGUCUCCAACCAUCCAGGUCCUGAGUUUUGGUGUUCCAUCUCGUACUUUGAGAUGGACGUGCAGGUUGGAGAGAUGUUUAAAGUGCUGUCCAGCUGUCCGGUGGUGACGAUUGACGGGUAUGUGGAUCCCUCAGGAGGUGACCGCUUCUGCCUGGGUCAGCUUAGUAAUGUGCACCGCACAGACGCCAGUGAGCGGGCCAGGUUGCACAUAGGUAAAGGCGUGCAGCUAGAGUGUCGUGGAGAAGGCGACGUAUGGAUGCGCUGCAUGAGCGAUCAUGCAGUCUUUGUGCAGAGUUACUACCUGGACAGAGAAGCAGGCCGAGCGCCAGGAGAUGCGGUGCACAAAAUCUACCCAGGGGCCUACAUAAAGGUCUUUGACCUCAGGCAGUGCCACAGGCAGAUGCAGCAACAGGCGGCCACGGCUCAGGCCGCAGCAGCAGCGCAGGCCGCAGCGGUAGCAGGGAAUAUUCCAGGACCAGGAAGUGUUGGUGGAAUCGCACCUGCAGUCAGCCUCUCAGCGGCAGCAGGGAUUGGUGUGGAUGACCUCAGGAGGUUGUGCAUCCUGCGCCUGAGCUUCGUGAAGGGCUGGGGGCCUGAUUACCCCCGGCAGAGCAUCAAGCACACCCCCUGCUGGGUGGAGGUGCAUUUGCACCGGGCACUGCAGCUGCUGGAUGAGGUGCUGCACACUAUGCCACUGGCAGACCCUGGACCAGCUAACUGAGAGGGAACAAUACACACAGAAAACACUCACAACACAGAUACUGGACUCACUACAGUAAGCGUGCAAGCCACAUUACGUGCUACAGUGUGGUUUGCUCUUUUAUCAGUCAUUAGAAUCCCAAUGAAAACAACACAGAAAUUCACUACUCUAAAAUUCAUGUUUUU